AUGGCGGAAAACGAGGGGCCAGUCACAGUUUCUGAUCUGCCUAUGAAAUUCCAAGUCAAAUAUUUGGGACAGAACGAUGCAAGAGGGUUAUGGGGAAUCAAACAUACAAGAAAACCCGUCGAUAUUAUGGUAGCAGCAGCGAAAGCAUUACCACCAGGUCAAGUCCUACCGAUAGUAAAAUUAACUAUAACAGUCGAUGGUGUCCAUUUAGAAACCAUCAAUCAAGGGCUCAAACAUGAAUUUGAGCAUAUGGCAGUGUUUUUCAAUAUAGAGUCCAUAUCUUAUGGGGUUCAAGACCUAGUGUACACGAGGGUCUUCUCCAUGAUCAUAGUCAAAGAUAACGCUGAUAUGAAAGGCCUCAACCCCUUCGAAUGUCACGCAUUUGUUUGUGAAUCAAGAAAUGCCGCUCGAAGACUUACCUAUUCUUUAGCAGCUGCAUUUCAAGAUUAUUCUAGAAGAGUCAAAGAAAUGCAAAUGACGCCAGUUGCAGAGUUGGACGAAAGGCCACCAAGUUUAAAAAAACGAUUUGCCAUCGACCUCAGAACGCCCGAAGAAAUAGAAGCGGAUUUAGAAACAGAAGCU